UAGUUUAGGGCCUCUGUAGUUUCAGGGGUUCUGUAGUUCAGGGCCUCUGUAGUUUUAGGGCCUCUGUAGUUUUGUAUUUGGAACCUGGUGCAGAACAUGUGAUUUCCUGAGAGGUGAUUUUGGAGAGGACUUCCACCAAACAAGCAAAAAAAAACCAAAAGACCCCCUCUUAUGGCACACACUGCUCCCCCUGUAGUUCUGGAAUAUGGUGAAGAUCACAGAUGAGCCUUUGAUCUCUGGGUGGGGUUUGCCUUUCAAAGGCUAUUCACUAUUUCACCAUUACCCCAAACAUAGUCGAUCACCUAAGACGUGUUUAGUGGAGUCCAAAGUCCAAAGUACCUUCAUUUUCCACCGCAGCCAAGAGGCGAAUGCAGCUCAGUAACUGAAGUCUGUCACCGAACGUCGGCCUUCUGUUCCACUGCAUCGUCACUGCGGCUGCUGUGCUGUACAGCUCAUCCAGGCAGCCGGUUGGGCCGGGAUGACGCUGGGUGCGGUAGCCUCAGUGAUUUUGGCCAUAGGAGGAGCAGCUCUGUUUUCUUCCGUUCACAAGAUUGAAGAAGGACACACUGGUGUUUACUACAGGGGCGGAGCUCUGCUGACAACCACCAGCGGUCCAGGGUUCCACCUGAUGCUGCCAUUUAUCACCACCUUCAAGUCUGUACAGACAACCCUGCAGACAGAUGAAGUCAAAAAUGUCCCUUGUGGCACCAGUGGUGGUGUGAUGAUCUUCUUUGACCGAAUAGAGGUGGUGAACUACCUCGUACCCUCUGCUGUGUAUGGCAUUGUGAGGAACUUCACGGUGGAUUACGACAAGGCUCUGAUCUUCAACAAAGUGCACCAUGAGCUGAACCAGUUCUGCAGUGUGCACACACUUCAGGAGGUCUACAUAGGCCUGUUUGAUCAGAUCGAUGAGAAUCUGAAGCUGACCCUGCAGGAAGAUUUGACCAUGAUGGCUCCUGGUAUUAUCAUUCAGGCUGUUCGUGUCACCAAACCCAACAUACCCGAGUCUAUUCGUAGGAACUAUGAGCUCAUGGAGAGUGAGAGGACCAAGUUGCUGAUUGCUGCUCAGACUCAGAAGGUGGUGGAGAAGGAGGCGGAGACUGAGAGGAAAAGAGCCGUUAUUGAGGCUGAAAAAGUAGCUCAAGUGGCCGAGAUCAAAUUUGGACAGAAAGUGAUGGAGAAGGAGACGGAGAAAAAGAUUUCGGAAAUCGAGGACAGUGCUUUUCUUGCGAGGCAGAAAGCUAAAGCAGAUGCUGAGUUUUAUACGGCUCAGAGGACUGCAGAAGCCAAUAAGUUGAAGUUGACCCCUGAGUACCUGCAGCUGAUGAAGUUUAAAGCUAUAGCUGCCAACAGUAAGAUCUACUUCGGCAGUGAGAUUCCUCACAUGUUCAUGGACUCUGGACCUGGAAGCAGCUCGUCCAGAACCUCCAAAGCCAUCGACAUCCUGUCUGAGGACUUACUGAACCUGGACUGACACACAGAGAGACAGAGAGAGAGACAGCUGGGCAGAUAUACAGGUGACGGUGGAGGGUGGAGGUAGCAGGAGGCCGUGGUCUGCGAGUGGACCGAUCGCUGAUGAGCAACAUUAAGAAAACAACCACAGCUGCUUCAUUCCAGCUGUGGAGAGCGACUGACCGCAGAGCGCCGAGUUUCCGCGGCUCUGUUUUGGCCCUUUAACUGAAAGCAGUUACAGAGCACAGCCUCUGUCCCUGACCAUCAGACCAGCGUCUGACCACCAGCUUCACACCACAUUCAGUCCUGCAGACGAGAGUCUGUGUCCUCUGAAACGGAGGACAGCAGUGCAGCCCAAACGAGUGGCGCUCUCUUUCUCUCUCACUCCUGUUUUCCCCUCGCUGCCCCCUCCUUCUGUCUCUUUCUCUCCUCUUUCCCCCAUCUUCACUCUCAUGCUGUUUUUCUCAUCCUUUUCCCUCCCUCUCUCUUUUUAUCUUUUUCUCUCUC